AAUAAAACUGACUAACCCCUAGUAAGACUAAUCAAUAAAAAAAGAGGGGAAAAAAACACAAAUUACUAUUAUCAGGAAUGAAAGAGGCAGAUGUUAAAAGGCUAACAAGGGGCAAUAAACAAGUUUGUGCCAAUAAGCUGAUCACCUAGAUUAAAUGGACAAAUUCCUUGAAAAUACAAGCAUGCUAAUUGCAAUCAAAAUUAUAAGGAACUAUGGGAGGAUUCAGUAAGGUGGUUAUUCUAAGUCCAGAGGGAUCUGGAAAGACUUCCUGAAAAUAGUAUUUAAACUGAGAUCCGAAGGAAAAUGGGAUUUGACCAGGUUGAUAGAAUUGGGCAGGGGAAUGGCACGUGCAAAGGACCUGAGAUUGAAAUGAGUUGUGUGCAUCCAAAGAAGAAAAGUCCACCCUCAUGGCCCUUUUUAGUGGUUGGUUACCACACGCUUACAUUCUUCCUGGGUGUAAAUCUCCAGGUGGACCUGCUGGACCUAAGCAGAAACGUUUAGAGUCCAAAGCAAAUCUGGUAAGACAGAUAUUUGGAAGUUUCUGACCUAUAAACAGGAGACAAUUGAGGCUACUAACUAUGUCAUUUCCUCAGUUCUGGUGCUAGUAUUUCCUUUCACCUGGCUAGUGAUGCUCCCAAAACUUUGCUUCCCUGUAGCCUCACACUGGGCGCACACCCACUCUAUGAGGGGUUGCAUUUCAUGCCAUAAAUUCUUUGGAGCUCAUGUCUGACACUCUUAGCUCCAUUCCACAGCACAGUAGGCUGAGGCUUCAAAGAAGGCCUGUGUCUUACCUGAGGUGGCAAAAGCCAAGCCCUAACCACUGUGCCUAACAGAUUUCCACCCCGCACAUUUCAACCUCAGCCCUGGUUGGGCCACAUACUGUGACUUGGACCUGGGUUUCCCAAAUGACCCGCAUUCCUCCUGCUUCGCCUCAUCCAGGAGCUCUCUCAGGAGAAGAAUAAACACACAAACAAACAAACAUGCACUCAACCAUCUGGCCCAUUUUUCCCUCCCAUCUGCAGAACAUCGGCCCCCAAGGGGCAGCGAGGUGCCAGGCUCUGGUGUGCAUCCCUGGGAGGGGUGGGGAGGGGAGAGAGUCCCUUUCAGGGCCCAAGUGUGUGUGUGCAACUUCCUGCCCGUGAGGAAACACUCAGCUCAAAUCAGCCCUGGUUCUCCUUUCCUUGCUCUGGCCUCACAGGAGGAGCUGGCGGAGAGCUGUGGGCCGCUCUGGCCUCAGCCAGAGUUCCUGGCCAAACACGGGAGGAGAGAUGCCCUGGACCGUCCUGCUCUUUGCAGCCGGCUCCUUGGCGAUUCCAGCGCCGUACAUCAUGCUGGUGCCUCCACACCCCAGCAGCCAGGAGGACCCCAUCCACAUCUCGUGUGUGGCCCCCCAGGAAUUCCCAGGGGCGAAUUUCACACUGUACCAAGGCGGGCAGGUGGUGCAGCAGGAGCAGGCCCCUGUGGACCAGCUCAAGGUCACCUUCAACCUGAGUGGUGGCAGCCAGGAGGCUCCAGGAAGACCAUUCUAUUGCCAGUAUGGCGUCCUCGGCGAGCACAGGCAGCCCCAGCUGUCAGACCUGAGUGAGCCCAUGCACAUCUCCUUCCCAGUGCCCACCUGGAUCCUGGCACUCUCCUUGAGCCUGGCUGGAGCUUUCCUUCUCCUUGCUGGGCUGGUGAUCAUUGCCAUGGUCGUCAGAAAAGUUAAAUUUAAAAAAUUGCAGAAGAAAAGAGAGCGAGAAUCUUGCUGGGCCCAAGUCAACUUCCCCGCCACAGACAUGUCCUUCGAUAACUCCCUGUUUACCAUCUCGAAAAUGACUUCAGAAGAAGAUGCAGCCACGGUGGAUGCUCCCUCAGGCUCCAAUGAGACACCUGACAACUCUGGCCCCUGGAAGAGGACUAACUCCACGUCAUCCUCACCUGAGCCUCCUGAAUUCAGCACUUUCCGGGCCUGCUAGGGGGAUCCCUCUCUCUAUGUCUCUGUGCCCUCCAUUCAGCCCUCUCCCUUGAGCUGGCCGGCCUGUUUGGUGCCUCAGGCCCCUCCAGCUACUAUGGGGACUUCUGGCUGCUGCUUACUCAGGGAAGUGAACAGAGGCGAUUAAGGGGAACCCUGGCCUUGCAGAGGGGCAGGGGUGGGAGAAGGAGUGCAAGUGCUGGCCUAGAGGCUGGAUGGAAAGUAGGAAGCCUCUCUUUGGAUUCCCAGCUUCCCAGGCCACCAGUGAAGGAGAUGUUAGGUUCCCUGCUGGCCCUUUGCUGGGGCACUGUGAAGUCUGAGCUCUCUGCACACCUCUCUGGUUUCCUCCUUCUAUGCCACACCUAACUUGACCAACCUGGCUGGGUUUCUGGAGCAUAGGGUACCUGGGGGUAUAUUCUGUGUGCCCUGCUGGCAUGCCUAAGUUAUUAAUUAUAAUGUGUUGAGCUGUUC